AUGGCUAUGAUUGAAGCUGGCGAUCGUGAUAAUAAUGGUACAGGAACUCGACCAGUCCUGAUAAUCCAGGGCGAUGAUACCGCAGAGGGUUUUGCGAUUCCGAUCGAAAACCCACGGCGAGAGGAGACACCACGUCCAGUAUUGGACCGGCUGCUCAGGCGACGCAGACCACGACUUGAUAGGAGGAAGGUGAACGUAAGGACGAGCUUCCAGGUUUUGGUCAGGCAGAUGGCUCCCCGAAAGACCAUUACAAUUGAUCUGGAGAGUGCACUUCUAACAGGCGAUGCCCUGAGCACGCUCCAGGAGGAGCUUAACGAGACAAGGUCCACCCGGCAGGCGAUACAAGAUAUACCUGGCGAACAUACAGCGCCCAUAAAUGUACUAGAUAUCUUGUUUGAGGUCAUUGGUCAAGACACCUCAACCUUGCUCCGGGUGCUCAACCAGAUCCUAAGCGAUGUGGAGGUCGAUAUCCUCGACGACACGAAGAUGGAGGAUCGACUGGCAUUGUGGCGGCAGCUCAUCAGCAAAGCUGAGAGAGAGCUGUUGGAUCUCAAAGCAUCGACCAAGAGCUUUGUGGCUUUCUUUGGUUUCACAUUUCCAGCCGAUACAUCUGCAGCAACCUCCGAGGGCAACCCAGACAUUAUAAGAAACGUGGCAGAUCUCUUCCAGGAGAUCGAUCAGAUGCUCACCAGACUCCGGCGUGCAUCUUCAUCCUUGACAUCCAAUAUGGGUCUCCUGGACAGUCGACGCUCCAUCGACGAAGCGCACGCCGUCACACGCCUCACCGAGCUGGCAUUUCUCUUCAUUCCGCUAUCGUUUUCAGCGUCUAUUUUCGGGAUGCAGAUCGAGCCAUUGAAAGACUCAGGGGCCCCGCUGUGGAACUUCUUCGUUGUUGCCAUUACUGUUACGACAUUCGCGUACCUGAUGCGGCUCACAAUGCGCAGUCAAUGGCUGGGAAAUCUGAAGCAGAGCGUGAAGCAGGAUGUUAGGCGAUAUGCGGAACAACACGGCCUCCCAGUACAGGUGCGGUCUCUGUCGAUGUUGCUGCUCUUGCAAUGGUUCGGAAGCACACUCGAGCGGAGCAUCAAAGCAACCUGGUCCUGGAUAGKGAUGAAGGGCCGUACCGCUGGGAUUGAGUUAUGGAGGGUGGUCGGGUUCCCAGUCAGUUUCACCCUGCUUAUCGGCACUGUUGCAGUAGCACCUGUCGCCGUGCUCUGGACCCGUGAUAUCGACCGAGGUGUGCAGGGCUCAGUUACCCUUGUAAUCAUACUUGCCCUCCUAGGCCUUGUGGGUGUACCCUACUGGCGAAGGUCCGAUCCCAAAUUUCGCUCUGCUUUCCCGAAACUCGUUACGCGCCUGCUGAGGCGUAUUCCCCCAACAACGCGCUCAUUGCUUCUCUGGGCUCUUGGAAUAGCAGCCUUUGUCGCAAUACCGCUAGCAUUGAUCUGGACACGUCCACUGGCGUCGGGUAUUAAGGCCGGCCUGACUGCGGCCAUCCUGGUUAUUUUGCUGCCCUUUGUCUUGUUUCUUGGACUGAGGGGCUUUAUUUCUAGGCCUAGAGUUGUAUCUUCCGAUACAGGGGAGAGUUUCGCUUCUGCUUCGGAUGCUUCGUAUAAUUCGUAUGCCACAUCCCUCUCUGAAGAGGCAGUCACACAGCCUAGGAGUAGCCACUCUCAGCGUACCUAUACUCCUAAAUAG